AUGUUGAGCCAACUAUUAUAUGAUCUGAGCUAUGAUUCUUUUGUCUCCCCAAUUUCAUGUCUUGAUUUCAGGUUUGUUGUGGUCGACCUCUCAGCAGGCCCUUGCACAUAUGGAAAGAUUGAAACUGAAGAGGGAAGCAUCAGUUCUAGAACGCUUCCCCGGUUACGGAAUGUGAUGUUUUCUAGAGGUAUAGGUGCAGCUAGUGAUCAUUCUGCCCAUAAUAUUUUUGUUGGACAGCUUGCUCCUCUGGUUGCAACCACAAUUGAGCAUGUUAUAGCUCCAGAUGUUAGGCAGUCUUGACAGGGAUGUCCAAUGGCGUACUGGGGUGGAGAUUGUGAGCAUAAUUAAUGUAAAUGAAGAUGCAAAAAUACUAGAGAAUUGGAUCGUAAAAUAUGUAUUUCGACUCAAAUUUGGUUCCCAAAGUGUUGAUAUUGUUAAUUUAGUUCUUGAAGUGUUUGAUUUAUACUU